AUGUCGUACCGCGUCGAGAUCUCUCAAGGUGGCCGUGCUGGCUGCUCAGCUACCCACUGCAAAAAGGAAGGAAUCAAAAUCCAGAAAGGCGAGAUUCGGCAAGGCACUCAAGUCACCAUCCAAGGAAACACGACGAUGAAAUGGAGACACUGGGGAUGCGUCACACCGAAAGUGCUCUCCAACUGGAAUGAGACGUCCGAAGGGAAUCCUGAGCUCAUCGACGGCUUCGAAGAGCUCCCACCCAAGGCGCAGGAGAAAGUCCGGCGCGCCCUCGCCCAAGUGCAUGUCGACGAUGAGGACUGGAAUGGGGAUGUUGAGGUGAAUCGAUACAACCCAGACAAGCCCAUGCAAGGCAUGUUUCUGAAGAAAUCGGCGAAACAGAAGAAAGAAGAGGAGGAGUUGGAGAAUGCGAGUGAUGAAGACCCUCUGACGGAAAUCGAAGACCCUCCGACCGAAUCGUCUCCCGCCAAGAAGCAGGCGACAAAGAAGCGUGCUCGCGCCAUCAAGGAGGAAGACGGACAAGAGGCCGAGCCAGCUCCGAAGAGGGGCAGAGGAAGGGCGAAAGCGAAGACCGAGGACGUUGUCAAGGAAGAGGGCGGAAGUGAGGAGGAGGCCGAAGCGGCGCCAAAGCGGAAGACUAAGGGACGCACGAAAGUGAAGAACGAGGAUGCCAACGACUCCGACCAAGAGGCGCUGCCGGCGAAGAGGGGCAAGAAGUCGAAGCGUUCGACCGCCAUCCUUGACGACUCCGAGACCGCUUCCGCUUCUUCUCCGGCUGCGAGAAGGGCGAGCAACAGGAAGCCGAAGCCAGAAGCUGCCGUCGAACCCGAUCUUUACGAUGUGCCUGAUGCGGAGGAAGCGCCAGCGAUGACCAAGAAGGGCAAGAAGGGGAAGAAAGUCGCCAACCAAACCGCGAACAACGACAACGCGACGGAGAACACCAUUCCCGAUGCCAAACCGCAAAAGCGCAAGGGCAGGAAGGCUGCGGCCACGAAGGACGACUGA